AUGGCGGCCUCCGAUGACCUCAUUGACUUCGACAUUAUCGAGGCCCAAAAAGAGAAUGUCCAAUCCCUCCCUGGUGGCAGAUCAGCCCGAGAAUUGGCCCGGAUUUUCUCUGGGGGCAGCACGAGCGAUAAACUUGCGACGCCCUCACCGAACGACACAAGGACCAUCAACGGUGCAAUCCGCCAGGAAUACGAGAAUGAAUUGGAGUCAAUAGGAGAAUCAGACGAUCCACUCGAUGUUUACGACCGCUACGUGAAAUGGACUCUGAACGCGUACCCCUCUGCCCAGGCUACGGCUGAAUCCGGUCUCCUCCCGCUGCUCGAACGUGCCACCAAGUCGUUCCUAUCAUCAUCACACUACCGGAAUGACCCGCGGUAUCUCCGGUUGUGGAUGCACUACAUCAGACUCUUCUCAGAUGCCCCGCGCGAGACAUUUGCAUUCCUUGCGCGGCACCACGUUGGUGAGGGGCUGGCGUUGUUCUACGAAGAGUUUGCCGCCUGGCUAGAGGGUGCUGGGCGUUGGACACAGGCAGAUGAAGUAUACAGGCUGGGUAUGGACCGUGAUGCCCGGCCAGUCGAGCGGCUUGCGCGAAAAUACAGCGAGUUCCAACAACGAUAUGAGCAGCACUCACAGGAUACCGGGCCGUCGUCACCUGCUCUCCCAGCUGUCAGGCCCGCCCUGGCGGCCAAGAUGGAUCCAUUUGCCUCCGCAGAUUCUCCCGAAAAUCCGCAAGCCUCGCGGUCAGCACCUCAGCCUGCCGCCCCUGCCAAGACGAAGUCUGGAAAGAUGAAGAUGGCGAUUUUCUCCGACGCCGAUGCAGCACAGUCGAGUCAGCCGGCGACCAGUGGACAAACGAAAGGAUGGGACAGUAUUGGGUCGAUGCGAGAGCGCAAGAAGGAAAACGAGGUGGAGGCCAAGCCUUGGGUUGGGGAGACAUUGAAGGCGGGGAAGAAACCCGGACCAGCGCAAAAAAUGGCUAUCUUCAGGGACGAGUCCAAUCUAAGUCCACCUUCUGAACAACCAAGUGCUCCCAAGCACAUUCCAGAACACCAUGUAAGGGAAGCGGUAAAUCCGCGAACUGGUCGGCGGGAGCGUGUUUUUGUCGACCUUGAAGCAGUAUAUCCCGACCACAGGAAUCCAGCGCACGAAGUUAGUUUUGAGGAGUUGCGGGCGAUGAAACGCGGUUGGAUGAACAAGAACUGGCGCCACAAUAAGGAACCUUUGCAACAGAUUUCCGGCAAUGCGGCUGGGGAUGUACAGCCCGCGAAGCUUCAUGUGUUUAAGGAUGAGCCGCUGUCCGGACAGCCGGAACAAAAACUGGCUACUGAUGAACAACCGUCUCAAUCAUCACAGCAGGUUGGCUCCUAUGAAGGCAAAGCUGGAAAGGCGAGAAAAUUCAAGGUGCAAGGAGAAACGCAGACUAUUAAAAUGAAGUUUGACUCGCCGACCAGCUCCAAGGCUCGACGAAAGAGCACUCGAGAACCAACAAUGACUAUGCAUACUCGGGCUGCUACGGAUGAAAUCUAUGGCAUCUUCAAUCAACCAUUGAAGGCGGAGAUGGAAGAUGCUGCUGAUAGCCUCUAUGGCAGCGAGUAUGAGGACGAGGACUGUGCCAGUACCGUUGAUAGUACUGGCACCGGCCACAUCUCUGCGGCUUCGAGUGAAUUUGGCGAUGAUGAAACGCAUACCUUCCACAAAUCUUAUGACGACACAGAAUAUGGGGACGGCAACACAACACGGGCUGACAGUGUUGCGGGAGGUGACUGGACUGAUUUCAGUGUCAGUAAAGAUGUCCCUGGUGCUGAGUCCGCCGAUGCUACCUCCCAUUCCGUCGUAAGUCACGGAGAGGUCGAGUCACAACAUAGUACUCCUGAAAAGGAGCGGUUCGUACCUCGAAUGCCCGAUGACUACAAUCCGCCUUAUGGAACGUAUCGCGACCCUGCCAUUAUGGCGCAGAAUCGCCUGCCAUUCAUGACACCUAUUGUGGAACGAACCGAGUCUUCCAUUUCAAUGACGGCUGCCCGGAGUCUUCACAAUGCGAAGACUCCGUCUAAGCCAAGGUCACCUUCGGGUGUACCGCGAAUGGGCGAUUUGCUUUCCAGUCCAUUUGGGACAACGACGCCCUACCAUGGUGAUCACACUGUCGGCUCGGCGGUUGACGUCCCGUUUAGUCCGACUGCUUUCAAAGCCCUUGCCCCGAAGGCGCGCCGACGAGAGGCUAUCAUCAAAGACUUGCAGUGCAAUCCUACUGACAAGGGUAUCCGCAAUACGAUCUUGAACUCUCUGGAACCGCCAUUGGCUUCCUACCCGGGAUACCACAGCCAUGUCCAAGAUAGCAACUACACUAGCAUGAUCCAGAAGUUUGUCAAAGCGCACAGCCGAAAAUCCAAAAGUGCCGACGACGAGCGCUCAGAGAUGCCUAUUCUCGAAUUCCCCUUUGCUGAGCGUAGCUACAUCGUCCGCCGCGAGCUCGGCGCUGGCGCAUACGCCCCCGUCUACCUCGCCGAAAGUGUCGACAGCCAACAAUCCUACAGCUCAGACUCAGAUUCCAACCCCUACGACAGCGCACGCUACCCCUUCGAAGCAGUCAAAGUCGAAAACGGGCCCUCCAGCGCCUGGGAAUUCUACAUGAUCCGCACAGCCCACGAACGCCUCCUCAACGCACCACAGCACACCCGCGCCCUGGACAGCGUCGUCCGCGCCCACGAACUACACGUCCACCCGCGCGAAAGCUUCCUCGUCGAAGACUACCGCGGCCAAGGCACCCUCCUCGACCUAGUCAACAUCCUCCGCAACGACUCCAUCGGCUCCACGCACCCCAGCGACGGCGGCCUCGACGAGUGUCUCGCAAUGUUCUUCUCCAUCGAGCUAUUCCGCAUAAUAGAAGCCCUCCACGCAACAGGCAUUCUCCACGGCGACAUCAAAGCCGACAACUGCCUCGUCCGUCUCGACGAAUCCACCCCAACAGACCCACCCACCAAAUCCCUCUCCCUCCUCGACCUCGGCGACAGCACCACCGACCCGCGCGAUACCCCCGCCUACGCACCCUCCGGCGCCUUCGGCUGGCGCGCCAAGGGCCUAGCGCUAAUCGACUUCGGCCGAGCAAUCGACAUGAACGCGUUCGCGCCGAACGUCCAAUUCCUGGCUGACUGGGAGACGGAAUCGCACGAGUGCACCGAGAUCCGCGAAGCCCGGCCCUGGACCCAUCAAAUCGAUCUCUACGGUAUCGCGGGCGUCAUCCACGUCCUGCUUUUCGGGAAAUACAUCGAAAGCGCGCCUAUUCGUACUAGCGAGGGCGGUGCGGGCGUCAACGUCAACGCGCACACGUAUCGUAUCCGCGAAUCCCUGAAACGAUACUGGGAUCGCGAGAUUUGGACCGAUGUCUUUGAUUUAUUGCUUAAUCCUGGUGCCGAGCGGUGGGUUGCUAUGGAGGGUGGUGAGCGCGAUGGCGAUAGUGGUGGAUUCGGAAACGGCCCUGUUCUGCCGGUUCUCAAGUCUAUGGCUUUUGUGAGGGGGAGGAUGGAGGGGUGGCUGCUUGGAAAUGCGGAGAAGAAGGGUCUUGCGUUGCAGUUGCGUAGGAUUGAGGCUGUUCUUGCGGAGAGGAAGAAGAAGCUUGAGCGUGUUUAG